UUGAAAACCAAGAGACCGAUCAUGGAUUCUGCAAUCCCAAUCAGAGGAAGGUUCCCAUUUUUGACCUCACCCUCUAAGCCGCGUGCUCUCUUUCUCUCUCUCCGCACACCACAUCGCAACAAAUCCCCAACGAACACCUCACAACCGCAUCAACAACAAAGGUCGGUCGUUCCUCUCCUCUUCCACAGCUCCGUCGCCGACGACCGGUAAGAUGGCCGGCGGCGAUCAAGGUUAACUCUUCUUCAUCUUCAUCAUAUGCUUCCCUUAUAACCCUUCCCUUCUCUACCAUGUUGUUCCUACCCUUUUCGUCCCCUGGAGAUGCCUUGGUGGAAAUCCUCUUCCUCUUCCUCUUCCUCUUCUGCAUCAUCCCUGGAUCGGAAACAAAGACUGUCCUCCUCGGCCGGCGCGUCGCCGUCUAAGAACACGCGCAGGGAAUCAUCUGCUUUCUUGUGGAGCAAGCGCGGGGAGUCUGCACGGCCGCGGCUCGAGCGGCAGUGCAGGCUGCGUCCCUUUGCGGAGGUGGGUGUUGCAGCUCUGAACGCCGUGAGUUCUACACCGGUGUCGAGGUCGCCGAGUAAUCUUGAUUCAGUUCCCCUGCGGUUAUCGUCCUCGCCCGUGCUUCACCCGUUGCCAUUGCCGGAGCAGCUGCAUAAUAAUGGGAUAUGUACGGCGGGCAGCACCUGUGCCGGUUGCCGGUUGCCGUCACCCAAGGGCGGGGGAUUGGAGCUGGAGGAGGUAAGUGGUAGCGGGGUGGAUUGCUCUGUUGCAAUAACGACUGAGGUGAAUGGGGAGAGGGUUCCUGCUGCAGCUGGAAGCAGGCAAGCUUGUCAUAACACUCAGAAGAGUUCAGAGCAUAUUGAUCGGCCAAAAAAGGGAUGGAAUUUUAGUAGUCAUAGAAAGGCAAUUCAUGAUCCGAAGUCUCCUGAAAGUGUAACCUUUAGGUUAAACAUACCUGCUAAAAGUGCUCCACCGAGUGGCUUCUCAAGUCCUGCGCUUAGUCCUCGGAGAUUGAGUAAUGUUGAUGUUUUCCAUUCUACAUUCAAUGUUUCGCAAGGGCUGCAGUCUUGUUUUGCUCCUGAUGCCCCUUAUGUGGACAUGAUGAUAAGCAUGUCUCCCCAGGCAUCACCUGAGAAAAUUCAUAGCAGUCCAGAUAGAUCACCGUUAUAUAGUCCAGCAAUUAAAAGUUCUGUUCCAAUGUCAAAAAAUCCAAGUGCGCCGCAAUCUCCUCUUCAUCCUAAGAUGUAUUCAGAUGGUUCUGGUGCAUGGCAUGACAAUAAUAUGAAUGUCCACCCUUUGCCUCUCCCUCCGGGACCUUCUGUUCAUGUGCAGUCUAGUUUUUCUCAUCAAAAUGUGUCAAAAAAUGAGGGGGCUUUGAUGACAAGUCAGUGGCAGAAACAAAAACUUAUUGGCAGCGGUACAUUUGGGAAUGUUUAUAAAGCUACCAACAGGCAUACGGGUGCUUUAUGUGCCAUGAAAGAAGUAAAUAUAAUCCCUGAUGACCCUAAAUCUGCUGAGUGUCUGAAACAACUGGAACAGGAAAUCAGGGUUCUUAGUAAAUUGAAGCAUCCCAACAUUGUGCAGUACUAUGGCAGUGAGUUGACUGAGGAUCAUUUUUACAUAUUCCUAGAGUAUGUAUAUCCUGGUUCAAUUAACAAGUAUGUUCAAGAACAUUGUGGAGCUAUGACAGAAUCUGUUGUUCGUAAUUUCACACGCCAUAUUCUCAAAGGGCUGGCAUACUUGCAUAGCACAGAUAACAUCCACAGGGACAUCAAAGGUGCAAAUUUACUUGUUGAUGUCAAUGGUGUGGUAAAGCUUGCAGACUUUGGGAUGGCGAAACAUUUAAGUAGAGCUGCGCCUGCUCUUUCCUUAAAGGGUACUCCAUACUGGAUGGCUCCAGAGGUUGUACAAGCUACAAUGUCAAAGGAUGUUGGUUAUGAUUUCGCUGUUGAUAUUUGGAGCUUGGGUUGUACAAUUAUUGAGAUGUUUACUGGGAAACAUCCUUGGAGCGGACUUGAGGGGGCUGCUGCUAUGUUCAAGGUAUUGCAUAAAGAUCCGCCGAUACCCGAGACUCUCUCAUCUGAGGGUAAAGAUUUUCUGCAGCGUUGUUUCCGAAGAAACCCAGCAGAAAGACCAACUGCAAGUAUGCUACUUGAUCACCCCUUUAUUCGCAACUCAAACCAUUACAAUCUCCAUGGCUCCAUUCAGGCUUUUGCAGGACUCAAACUUAAUGAGAUCACUUACAGCCCGAGAGAUAAACCUAGAUCAAAAAGCGAACCUACGAUGAAGGGAAGACAGUCGGCCAAUGGUGAAUUAAAUCACUCCCACGCAGAGACUUCUGAACCCAUGGCUGUCCGGCUUCCGCCGCGCUCGGCACCCGAGGUUAUGCACAGUUUAUUUCCACAUUCAAAUCAUUCUCUGCCAGGCCCUUCAGGAUCUUCAAUGAAUUCCACAAAUGGCUUUCACUCUGGCUCUUCAAUGAAUGUUUUGAAUGGUUUUCAGUCUGCUUUGGGUAACUAUCAUCAGCCGGCCUCUCCAAAUAACGUUACAAGUGCUAUUCAUUCAGGUAUAACUACCCAUCAUCCCUAUGCGCUACCAAGGCCCCUUGUAAAGGAUUUUUAAGAAGUUUGAGCAUCUUAAGAAGCAGAAGCCUUCAGAUUUUUAGCUUUAGGUUCGGAGGCCUAUGCUACUCUCUCUCUCCCUCUCCCUCUCCCUCUCUUACUGCUCAGCUUUUGAGGUAGGAGCUAGUUUCUACGGCCAAGAGGAUAGAGUUGUACAUUUUGAUGCAACAUAGAAAUCAGUUUUUAUCCAAUUUGGUUUGAAAUUCUAUUCUGGGCAGGUGAGUUAGGAAUCAGGUUGUAUAGUUAUGUUUUAACUUUAACAACAACUCAUGGGAACUGCAAGAAUGUAUUUUUGAAGUUCCUUCUAUCAUUAUUGGUUGUCAAUCAAGGAGAAUUUUUUGAGUCAGAAUGUUUUUGCU